AUGAGUGUCAUAAGCUUUCUUCGAAGCCGACAUAUACGAGCGAGGAAUGAUCAAGUCACAAAUGCCGCCCAGUUAACCUUACGGCAGAGUCUAUGGCCGCUGACGAUUGUGACUAUUUUAUUCUUCCUAUGGGGUUUUGCAUAUGGCUUGCUCGACACUCUCAAUAAACACUUUCAGAACACGUUGGGCAUCACACGCACUCGAUCCUCUGGACUGCAAGCUGCAUAUUUUGGGGCAUAUCCUCUUGCUUCUCUUGGCUAUGCUAACUGGAUGCUGCGGAAAUGGGGUUACAAAUCUGUUUUUAUCAUGGGGUUAUGUCUCUAUGGGAUUGGAGCUCUCUGUAUGUGGCCAGCUGGGUUACAUCAGUCCUUUGGCGGAUUCUGUGGUGCAACCUUCGUUAUUGGCUCUGGACUGGGCUCGCUAGAGACUGCUGCCAAUCCGUAUCUCUCAGUCUGCGGUCCUCCUAAAUAUGCGGAAAUCCGAAUCAACUUUGCCCAGGCAUUCAAUGCCAUAGGCACGGUUGUAGGGCCCGUACUUGGCUCAUACGUAUUCUUCACUACGACAGCAGACAACGUCAGUGCACUACAAAGAGUUCAAUGGGUAUACCUUGCUAUUGGCAUAUUCGUCUUUUGUCUUGCAGGGGUAUUUUAUAUAUCCGACAUACCCGAGGUUACAGACGCGGAUAUGGAGCUUCAGGUAGCCAUUACGCACAUUGAGGACAAAAAUGAUUCAUUCUGGAAGCGGUAUCAGUUGUUUCAUGCUGCGUUUGCACAGUUUUUAUACGUUGGUUCACAGGUGGCAAUUGCAUCAUAUUUCAUAAAUUACAGCGUAGAAACAAGACCAAAUACUUCUAGUGCUCUAGGAGCAAAGUUCUUGGCCGGUGCUCAGGGAGCGUUUACGGUUGGUCGAUUUUCAGGAGCUUUGCUCAUGAAGUUUAUUAGGGCUAGAUGGAUAUUCCUUGUCUACCUAGCUGGAGUUGUUGUCUUUCUAGCCGCAUCUACUACGCAAAGGGAUAAUACAGGCAUUGUCUGCUUUCCGACAAUAGUUGCGCUUGGAAUUCGUGGCCUAGGCAAACAUUACAAACGUGGAUCUGGAUUUAUUGUUGCUGGUGUUUCUGGCGGAGCUGCGGUUCCACCACUUCUCGGUUAUGUUGCCGAUUUGCAUAAUUCUACUGGAUUUGCAAUGAUUGUACCAACAAUUCUCAUGGCAGUAGCUUGGACAUAUGCCGUAUGUGUAAAUUUCGUUCCCUCUUACCGUGAUCCAGCAGACAAAAUAGGUGAUAGCACGGUUGGUAUUGUAGAUGGUAGGGAAGAUGAGGAACACAGGGGUGGCGAGCUGCAAAACGAAACGGCGGAUCUAAAGAAGGGUGUCGAGUUCACUGUUCCAACAGCGGAAGAAAAAGAUAGCAGAUAG